CAUGGCGGCUUCAGUGCAGGGACUCAGAGUGUGUCGGAGCUUUCGGUGCCGCGCAUCGCCAGCAAACCGGUUUUGAGAAAAGAAAGAAAGAAAGAGAAGGAAAAUGAAACGCACGGGCUUGGAUAAUAGAGGCGAUCCGCGACAGUGAUUAGAGAAGCCGCCGGAGUGGAGAGUUCAUCUGGAGGUAGAGAGAGGCGCUUGAUUGAUGAGGGUAGAUAAGACUCAGUGGGGUUUAAAGUUUAGCUCUGUAUAGCCUGUAGUGAGAAAGAUUAUAGAUAUAUAUAUUUUUAAAUACAUGUGAUAUAAUUGUAUAAUAGUAACAAUACAGCUUGUUCGGUGAGGAAACGUUUCCUUGGUGGAAUAUUUCUGAAUGAGAGAGAGAGGGAGCGUGAAAGAGGGAGGGAAGGAACUUGCCGCUGCAGUGCUCAGCUUUGUCCUUCGGAAUUAACAUGGCUAUCCUCGUUUUUGAUAACGAUGAAUACAGACCACCAGUGUGGAAGUCUUACUUGUAUCAGCUCCAGCAGGAGGCGCCACAUCCUCGGCGAGUCACAUGCGUUUGUGAGGUUGAAAACAGGCCGAAAUACUACGGUCGAGAGUACCAUGGCAUGAUCUCCAGAGAGGAAACAGAUCAGCUGCUCAGUGUGGCAGAAGGAAGUUACCUCAUAAGAGAGAGCCAGAGGCAACCUGGCACUUAUACUUUAGCCUUACGUUUUGGGAACCAGACCCGCAAUUUCCGCCUCUAUUACGAUGGAAAGCACUUUGUGGGAGAGAAGCGGUUCGAGUCAAUCCACGACUUGGUCACAGAUGGCCUGAUCACACUGUAUAUCGAGACCAAAGCAGCUGAGUACAUCUCUAAAAUGACCAUUAACCCCAUUUAUGAACACGUGGGAUACACUACAUUGAACCGAGAGCCAGCACUGAAGAAACCCGCACCCGUCAGCACAGACACACCUGACUGUAAGGAGCCACCUGGAGAGGAAAGCGGCCUUGAAGUGAGGCUCAGCUCUCUGGUGCGCCGGGCCACACUGAAGGACAACGACCGCGUCCCCAAGUAUGAGAAAGUCCACAACUUUAAGGUACACACGUUCAGAGGACCGCACUGGUGCGAGUACUGUGCCAACUUUAUGUGGGGGCUCAUUGCUCAGGGGGUCAAAUGUGCAGACUGUGGCUUGAAUGUUCAUAAGCAGUGCUCCAAGAUGGUUCCCAAUGACUGCAAGCCAGACCUGAAACAUGUGAAGAAAGUCUACAGCUGUGAUCUGACCACUCUGGUAAAAGCCCAUAAUUCCAAACGCCCCAUGGUGGUGGAUAUGUGCAUACGCGAGAUCGAAUCACGAGGUCUGAAAUCAGAAGGUCUCUACAGAGUGUCUGGCUUCAGUGAUUUGAUUGAGGAUGUCAAGCUGUCCUUCGACAGAGACGGAGAAAAGGCUGACAUCUCAGUGAACACGUAUGAAGAUAUUAACAUCAUCACUGGUGCUCUUAAGCUCUACUUCAGGGAAUUGCCCAUUCCUGUUAUCACUUACGACGCAUAUCCACGGUUCAUCGAGGCUGCCAAGCUGACAGACCCAGACGAGCGUCUGGAGGCUCUUCACGAAGCCCUGAAGCAGCUGCCUCCAGCUCACUGUGAAACUCUGAGGUAUCUGAUGGGUCACUUAAAAAGGGUGACGCAGAAUGAGAAGGAUAACCUGAUGAAUGCAGAAAAUUUGGGAAUCGUAUUUGGUCCCACACUUAUGCGCGCGCCAGACCUUGACGCCAUGACCGCACUGAAUGACAUUCGCUAUCAGAGACAGGUGGUAGAGUCUCUAAUAAAGAACGAAGACAUCCUCUUCUAGCCUGUCUGCUGUUCCACUUCUUAUAUGAAGGAAAAAAGCUGUUUUUUCUUUUUGUGCAAAGACUUGAAACUGAAUAUGAAGGACCAUUGUAUAAUAGUCCAUUGUUUCCACAUCUGGUGGACCAGUUCUAAAUGAUUAUAACGCUCUGUUUUGUUUUUUGUUUUUAUGGGCGUGGAUUAUGUACCUUAAAUUUGCAUGUCUUUUUCCCCAUUUUUGUCGGGGUUCACGGUUAUUGACCGGUUAGACUCUGCAGAGCCAGAGUUGUUUAUUUUGUAAAAGUUUAGAGGAAUAAACGUUAUCCUCAGCCUCCUUCUGCAGCAUGUGAUGAAGCUCGUGAAAUGUGACGCAUUGUGACUGUACUUUUAUUUAUCCCAUGUGUGUACACUAGUUCAUACUUUGCCAAACGGGUUUUGUGUUUUGUGAGGAAUUGUAAAUGUGAUAUUUCCCAGUGAUUUCUUUUUUUAUUAUUAUUAUUAUUAUUUUUAUUAUUAUUAAUGACACUUUACUUGAAAAGUUCAAAGUUGAAGCUGUUUUAAAACGCAAGUCAUAAACAAGAAACUUGUGUAAACAUAUUGUGGGCUUUAUAGUUAACAGGUAUAGUACAAAUAACAUGUAUUAUAUAUAAUUUGCUUAUAUCAUUUUUGGUAUGAGUUAAAUGUUAGCUCAACAUUUUCCGGUUUUAAAUUACAUAAAUGUCACUUUACCACCAUUUAUCAGUAGCUCUUCAAGUAAAGUGUCACUGUGGAUUUUUUUAAAACUGUGAUUUUCUUUUUAUUUUAUCCUUUGUCUCUGCCUACAAUCUGCCUUUUUCAUGCAGUACCUCUUCAGAUGACUCUUCAGAGACUCUUCAGCUCUACUAAUGAAGGACAUUACAAUCCAUUUACUACUCAGUGUCUAUAAUAGUCUGGCCUUUACAAAAUAUCUUGCACUCUCAGCAAAACUGGCUAGUGUUUUUCAGUUUUAAUGUUUUUGUAUUUGAUUUGCUCAUGGAUUAAUUUAUUAAACCCUUUUAGGAAUACA